ACACGAACGAAGGCACAGCUGGCAACACCAUCAGAAAGCCGGCGCAGGAACUAGCGAAGGAGCUGAGCUGUUCGCAUUCUCGGUGGAAAUAUCGGUGAUGACAACAAUACUCGAAGCUGAUAAACGCGGCGACAGAACUGGAGCAGUCGAUGCUAUCGUCAAAGCGACGAGUUGUGGCGUGGACGAUGCCACCAUCGUUGUGUUUAUGCUAGAAGGACUAGAUGUCAUCGAAGGCGAAGGA